UUGGUCAGCGUCACCGGGUCGUCAUAUCCUCUUGACUUCACUUCCGGAGCGCUGGACGACAACAGAGGAAUCUCGCUGUGUUAAAAUUAGGAAGAUACAACACUAAAUAAAUAUCUUAUUUUGUGCCGUUAACAACCGAAGACCACCAGCGCCGACAUGUUCUCCUUCCACAUGUUCGACCACCCGAUUUCCCGGGGGUUUCAGAACCGCUUCUCCACACAGUACCGAUGCUACUCCGUGUCGAUGCUGGCAGGUCCCAAUGACAGAUCAGACGUGGAAAAAGGAGGCAAAAUAAUAAUGCCGCCAUCAGCUCUUGACCAGCUUAGCAGGCUUAAUAUUACCUAUCCAAUGCUGUUCAAACUAACUAACAAGAACUCUGACAGAAUGACACACUGUGGAGUUUUGGAGUUCGUGGCAGAUGAGGGAAUCUGUUAUCUGCCACACUGGAUGAUGCAGAAUCUUCUGCUUGAGGAAGGGGGUUUGGUCCAAGUUGAAAGUGUUAACCUUAUGGUUGCCACUUAUUCAAAGUUCCAGCCGCAGAGCCCUGACUUCCUGGACAUUACAAAUCCAAAGGCAGUAUUGGAAAAUGCAUUAAGAAACUUUGCCUGCUUGACAACUGGUGAUGUCAUAGCUAUCAACUACAAUGAAAAGAUAUAUGAGCUGCGAGUAAUGGAAACAAAGCCAGAUAAAGCAGUGUCCAUCAUCGAGUGCGAUAUGAAUGUGGAUUUUGAUGCUCCCCUGGGUUACAAAGAGCCUGAACGACGAUCUCAGCAUCAAGAAGAACCAGAUGAGGAAGAAGGUGAUCCCAGUAGUUAUGCUGACAUGGACACAGGAUUCAGAGCUUUUACAGGCUCUGGCAAUCGUUUGGACGGUAAAACAAAAGGGAUUGAACCCAGCCCUGCACCACUUGCCGCAAGUGACAUCAAAAGAGGCAUUCCUAACUACGAAUUCAAAGUUGGCAGAAUCACCUUCCUCAGAAACUCAAGGCCUCAGCCCAGGAAAAUUGUAGAUGAUGAUGAUUCCAUUAACAGAUUCAUCGCAUUCUCUGGAGAAGGACAGUCACUGCGCAAGAAGGGCAGAAAGCCUUGAAGUGUACACCAAGAUCACACACAUGGAAAUAAAAUGUACCGUCAACUGUAACAGCAAAGUUAAAAAGAGUUUACUUUAAUUUGACCUCUCCGUCUCUUUGAAGUAGGACUUUUACUGUGGAGUUGAGAUUAUACCAUGUACAUUAAGAGACAGAAUAACCAGAAUUAUGCAUCUUAGCUACAGCUGAGCUGUAUUAAAUGCAUUCAGAUCAGUUGGGAGUGACUGAUUUAAGCCAUCCAGUUAAAUUACCACGCUUCACCUUUUGGUUGUGACUCUUUACACUCUACAGUUUUACAUUUUAAUUUUUUCUGAGUUCUAAGAAAAAUGUUGAAGACUUUCCCCUGGUUUAUUUAUAGACAAAUAAAAGGAUUAUUGUGGGUAA